CUCCGGAACGGGCGAAAUGUCUUCGCCAUGCUAUCUCAGAUAUGGUAUCUUCAUCAUGGCAAUUAUCUGGUUUUGUACGUGUGUAUGGUAUUACAAGGUUGCUGUAAACGAAUAUUCGCCCAUCAGAAUGAUGCCAUUACAACACAAGCCUUCGCCAGUAAGAGAACACAACAUAAUGAUUAAAGCAGACCUACAUAGACGCAGGGCAGACCUUCAAUGUGCGUGCGAUGAGCUGGGGACUAGGCAGAAUUUGCGUUUCAACAAAAAUGAGAACUGUUCGGCUGUUACGGAGCAAAACACGACGAUUAUGGAAGGUAAAAAGGAUAAAAAUUACAAAAACGUGAAGCUGUCUCAUGAGAUGUACGUCGAUGACAAAUAUAAAAUGGUGUACUGUCCUGUUCCUAAAGUGGCAACAUCAAAUUGGCGAAGAGUGUUGAUGGUCAUGGGAGGGCGCUACAACAGUACCACUAACAUUUCAGAUAGUACGUGGGGAAAUUACGUAAAACACUUUCCAAGGCUUAGUAGCUUUAACUCAGAAGAGAAAGAACGGCGUCUUCUCACGUAUACUAAAGUGUUAUUCGUUAGGCACCCUUUUGAACGGUUAUUGUCUGCAUACCGUGAUAAAAUUGAACGAAAAACGACACGACUCGGACGUAGGCACGGAAAUAUUAAUUCGUUUCAGAGUUUUGUGAGGUUUGUCAUAGGUCACCAAGCAUCAGCUGACGUUCACUGGCAGACAUAUGAAAAGCUGUGUAAGCCAUGUGACGUACAGUAUGAUAUUAUCGGAAAAUACGAGACCUUAUCACGUGACGCUAACUACGUGCUGCAAUACAUCGGAGCUGAUGACGUUGUGACGUUCCCGGGCUGGGAACCGCAUGGAACAAACUCGUCAUUAUCUUUAUUGACCAAUGAGUAUUUCUCAAAAGUUAGAAAAAGUGAAAUUGAGAAAUUAUACGCAAUUUAUGAAAAUGAUUUUAAAAUGUUUGGUUAUGAGUUGUAUUAA